GCAGAGACGGAGCGGCACGCCGCGCUGGAUCACCACGCACACAUACACACGCGCGCGCAGUCGUACACACAGCGGCAACAACAGACCGUAGAGUCACAGACGGCAUUUUUCUGUAAGUGACAAAUAAGCGAGUUGCAGCAACGGGAGAAGAAGUCACCUACCUGCAGCCGGGAGGCUUUGAGGAAACGACAAAGCGAGUCAUCAUGUGAAAGAACUUAUGUAGGAAACGGACAAAAGGGCAGGAAUACGAGCAGAAUAGAAAGUAAAAGAAAGUUCCUGACACAAGUAAACUUGCUCUGAAAGCAAAAGUAUUCCUAUUGAUGUACAGCUAUUACGAUGAGUCAGUGUGACUGUACGCUGCUCGUGGAUAAAUGAUCACUAAUCACCAUCAGAAGAUGAAGGACAAGUCUGGCGUGAGCGGAAUGUCUGUGGAUGAGAAGCCUGAAGCCCCCAUGUAUGUGUAUGAGUCGACAGUUCAUUGUACCAAUAUCCUCCUCUGCCUCAACGACCAGCGGAAGCAGGAUAUCCUGUGCGAUGUGACUGUCCUGGUGCAGGGCAAGGACUUCCGCGGGCACCGGUCCGUGCUGGCGGCCUGUAGCGAAUAUUUCCUCCAGGCGCUGGUGGGCCAGGCGGAGAAUGGCUUGGUCGUUAGUCUUCCAGAAGAGGUCACUGCCAGGGGAUUCGCUCCAUUGUUGCAGUUUGCCUACACCGCUAAGCUGUUACUCAGCAAAGAAAAUAUCCAGGAGGUCAUCCGCUGUGCAGAAUUCCUGCGCAUGCACAACCUCGAGGACUCAUGCUUUCGCUUCCUAGAAGCUCAGCUGCGCAGCGAGGAGGAUGGCUUGCUGCUCUGCCACAAGGUGGCGGCGGAGGUAAACAACUCAGGGGAUGAGACCAUGCAGUCUGAGGCCGAAAAGCCCACCUCCCCGAAGGCACGACGACGCGCUGAUGCCCUCACCUCCUUUGGGAACCCUGACGAUGAUCGGCUAGCAAUGGCUAUUCCCAGCGACUUCACAGAUGGUAGGCUGGACUUUGAUCGGCAUGGAGCGUCCGAUCUGCCACGAUGCCCAAAGUACAGGAAAUACCAGUGGGCUUGCAACAAGCACAAUAAUGACACAUCCUCACACACCAGUACCUCAGGUUUUCCAAGCACAUUAAAGGAGAGCAGCGUUAGCGGGACAGCGCCGGGUCAGGACAGGCUGCCUUUGGCACAGAUCAAAGUUGAACCACAGGUAGAGGAAGAGGCCAUCUCAUUGUGCCUGUCAGGGGACGAGCAGGACGUCAGGGAUAAGGACAGUGUGACAGCCAUGGAGAUGGACAACCCCAUAUCUGUGGAGAGAACCAAGAGAACCAAGUCCCCUUCCUGCCUUCGAGCCUUCUUCAAGAAAGGGAUGGACCUCCCCAUUCUGCCCAACACAUCACAGCAGCUAUUCGCCAACAGACUUGUCUGCCCCCAGGACAAAGGAAACUCUCAGGGAGAUCAUAUAAAAGACUUCAGGCCUUUUACUGGGGAGCUGAGUCUGUCUGUUACAUCCCCAAAGGACGUGGACGGUUUCCCUGCGGGGUUAUCCCUCAAGUCCGCUUCCUGCGAUGGGGUCUGCAAACAGGAAGUUGAGCUAGAUCGCCGUAGUGUCAUAUUUUCCUCAGGGGCCUGCGACCGUCUGGGAACCCCAGCACAUUCCUACCCUGGUGGGAACUCUUUGGAGAUGGAGCUUUCUGAGCACAUGCCAAAGGGCCUGUGGGCUGGAGCCAGCCAGUCCCUCCCCACCUCCCAGACCUAUUCUCCCAGCACCACCUCCACUGAGCCCCCACUCUUGUGCCGCCCAAGACCCAACACCAGCUGCCCAGUGCCAAUCAAAGUGUGUCCACGCUCGCCGCCUUGUGAGACACGCACCAGGACUUCCAGCUCCUGCUCUUCGUACUCCUAUGCGGAGGAUGGAAGCGGAGACUCUCCCUGCAGCCUACCCCAGUUUGAGUUCUCAUCCUCUCCAUGCUCCAACGUGGCACGCUGCCUCAAUGUGGACCAGCAGGAGCAAAGCGUGGGCGGGGAUGCCCUUUUUAACCAGGUGCGGCCCAAGAUCAAAUGUGAGCAGUCCUACGGCACCAACUCCAGCGACGAGUCGGGCUCCUUCUCAGAGGGAGACAGUGAGUCCUGCCAUGUACAGGAGCAAGGGCCAGAGGUGAAGCUGCCUUUCCCUGUAGAUCAAAUUACUAAUCUUCCACGGAACGACUUCCAAAUGUUGGUGAAAAUGCACAAACUGACCUCGGAGCAGCUUGAGUUUAUCCAUGAUGUGAGGCGGCGGAGUAAGAACCGCAUCGCGGCGCAGCGCUGCCGCAAGAGGAAGCUCGACUGCAUCAUGAACCUGGAGUGUGAGAUCAGAAAGCUGGUGUGUGAGAAGGAGAAGCUGCUGACAGAGAGGAACCAGCUGAAGGCGUGUAUGGGUGAGCUGUGGGAGAACUUCUCCUGCCUGUCCCAGGAGGUUUGCAGGGACGUGCAGCUGAGCCCCGAGCAGGUCCAGUCUCUACACCACUACUGCCCCGUGCUGCGGCCAGCCAACUCUACUGACAGCAUCAACGCGGCCCACGAGCCCAAGCCCGCACCGAGCCCCACUACCGACACAACCACCAGCAUCGACCUCACCACCCACUCGGGCUCGGCCACGCCGGAGCCCAGCUUCCACGGAUCGCCCGGCCCCUCAGAGAGCGAGCCCGACUCGGUCAUCAGAAACGGGCCAGACAGAGAUAUGGACGGCCAAGACGCCAGCUUGUACACAGAGUCAGGGCUGGCAAAAUCCAACCAGGCGGUAACGGUGGAUUUUUGUCAGGAAAUGACUGACAAAUGUACAACUGACGAGCAGCCAAGGAAGGACUGUAAUAAGUAGUGGUGGUUCUCUGUUUUGUUUUUGAUGUUUUUUUAUUAUUUAAUUUUACUCUUCUGACAAACCCUCUCUCGGGGUUGCUGAGACAGUCAGCCUCUGCCAGUGUUCACUGAAAAACAAGCUUUGUUUGUAUUUAUGUCUUUUUUGUUUUUGAACGGUUGACACUAAAGUUGUCUUAACAGCAGCAAUACUGUUCUCCAGGUAUUCUCCUCUUACCAUGACAGAGUGGGAACUUCUCACCAAACACUUACAAUGGUGCUAUCCUCGCCCCAACAGCAACCUCUACAGUGGAGACUAUGGUCUCCAUGUGUCACACAUCACAACUCAAAGUGGAACCUCAUCGGACCUAAACAGCAGCUCUCUUUGUCUCUCUGUGUACCAACAGUAUCUCUGUUCCUGCCUUCUUCUCUCUCUAUUUCCCACUCUGUCUCUAUCAAUCUUCUCUACCUCUUUCUGUCUCGCUCUCUUUCUCUCUGUCUGUCUGUGGUUCUUCUCUCACUAUAUCUCAGUGGCCCUUUGUGUCACAGCAAUUCAAACUCAGGAAAAAAACAAAUCUUCUGAAUGUUCAACAUAAUUCAUGAGAAUACAGUUUCUGUACAGGAGGAAGUUACGAUGCAGUUAGACUGUAAAAUGUUCAUAUGCAAAAAUGUUUUCAAGCGUCUGGCAUUUGUAUUUCUGUACAGGAGAACUUUUUACAGGCUGUAACCGAAAACAUUCCUCCUUUGCCUUCCUCAGCACUGAAUUGAAAGGAAAAAAAAGUUUUUGCAGGCGGUUAAAUGGCUAUUUUUAUUUCCCACUCAUCAGCAAUACCAUUGUAUUUGGAUGUUGUAACGGUGACUUUCAAGUGCUUGUUUGGCAGAAAUGUACAUAGUAUGGAGCAUGAUGACUGUAACAGUGAUUUUGUACAGGUAGAGGCUUAGACGUUUCUUUUUCACGGGGUUAUAUCAAGCACCUUUUUCUAAGGGAAAAUCUUUGCUUUGCUGUUUCCUGUCCUGCCUAACGAACGCUCCCCAUCACGGUGAGCAUUCUUAUACUCAGGAAAUCAGCUUGAUACAUGUAGACACACACAUGCAGUACAUACAGACACAAGCGUCAACGAACGUGUACAAUUUUAAGCCCCAUGCAUGUAUAAAGGUUAGACAUUCAAGACGUGUUUUUACACGAGGCUCAGGCCAGCUCUUCUCCCCCUUUUAAUCCUCUUUAAAUGUGAAAAAAGAGUUCUGCCUUGUGUUGUUUGGAGGAAAUCUUAUUUCUUAUCAGUAUUUAAAGAUGCUAUUUGUGUACACUCUCGCAGACAUGCUUUGGGUUUCUUCAGUGUUGUCGUUAGAUGUUCAGAGACAGAAAGAAGCGCAGCCAACAUAUAUGUGACAGAUACUUAAAAAAAACAAAAUCUAAUUGAUCCUGAAUGAAAUGAUAAAAAGAAAAAAUAUUGACUUCAAUCAGGCACUUUGUUUCCGGCCCCAAGCACUCAAAGCCAUUUAGCACUUCAAUAAGGGUCUUUGACUUUGUUUCAGACUUCUUAAAAGUCUCAGACUGGAGCACUUAAACUGGCACUUCAUGAGGAAACAUCUGGUUGAUAUGAUUAUAUAUACAAUAUAUAAAGAUAUCUCUAUGAAGAAAAAGUAUCUGAAAGCUAAACAUCAGAAGAAGCUAAUGGAUUAGUAUAAGAGUGUUCACACCUUAUAUUUGUAUUUCUUUAGGAAUUGAAUAAGCUAAUUCAAAUUUCAUUCAACGUGAAAGCAGUGUAUGCGUAGAUUGAGUAACAAUCGUAUAAGAUAGUAACACGUUUGCCCUAAUUGUGCAUUUGUUUGAACAUCCUCCUUUGUGAUGUGCAUGCAUGCUGCCUAUACCUAUAGGCCUAGUUAGUUUGUCUAGCUUCUGUUUACCUCGUGAGUUCUCUCUGAGGCAGUCUGCUCUUAAACUCAUAUAUUUUUAAAAUCUUUAUGUAUAAACAGGCAAGACGAGCUGAACCAUCUUAACCCUCACUAGAGGCCGGCUUUAAGUACAAGCAGGGCCGUACUCUAGCAUAAGGUUGAAUUCAAUUGGAAUGUGAAUCUUUGUUCAUUGCUCUUUAAAGCCCCAAUCCAAAAUGCCGAUCCAUAUUGGCGUAUUAGAGAGCUGAAGCUAAUGUAACCUGUAGCCACUGUUCCACUAGCUUCUCUCAUUGAGUAUUUUGUCCCAUCGCAUAGCCUUUCUGAAACAGAGAUGUGAUCCUGAAGUUUACUAUCCUUACUCUAAAACAAAAGCAUGUUUACUACAAUACUUGCAAUUAAAAAUCAAAGCCUUUGUGAUAAAAAAAAGAAGAAGCUUUCAUACUGCGUGUUUAUGGGGAAUUAUAAGAAAAGUAUAAAUGUUGCCGGCAUUAUAAAAUAAAAUAAAUGCUCAAUGGUUUGGAAAUGUAACUGCUGCUCUAAAGCUCCACCCCUUCUGAUGACAUCAUACGUUCACGGUAGUCUGACAGAAGUGGGCACAAAACGUUUACUGAAUGAGGGUCAGACCUUCGCAGCAGUCCACAUAGUGAAAAAAACAAAAAAACGUUUUAAUCACAUUUAUUUUUUAAAUAAUGUAUAACAAAAAAUCCAGACCGGCAACAUAACUUUGUUAAACAGUAUGUCGAGUGGUUAAAUUGACUUUGUUAUUGUUCAAAUUCUAAUGGAAAGUUCUGUAGUAAAUACUCCUUUAGUUUAAUAUGGACAGUAAACUUCAUAUAGUCAUGCUACUAAGAUUAGCCACAAGUCGGCACACCACCUACUCAUCCAUCCAACUUUGGGUGAUUCUUUUUUUAAUCUGUGUUUUACGCAGAACAGGCUGAAACUCUGUUUUAUUAGAUUAUUUUUAAACAACAAAAUAUCAAUUCCUGAAAAAUAAUUUAUUUUUUGUCCAAAUAAAUCGGGAUUGGGGCUUCAAGGUUGGGAUGAAAUGUUUCUCCUUCUGACUUUAACUGAUGUAAAUUUUAGAUGUAGUUUAAAAUAUAAUGUCUCAUGUGAGACAAAAAAAAUUAAGUGUAUUUUAUAAAACUGUCUUUAAAUUCUUAAAAGGCAGGUACAUAGACCCAAACAAAGACACAUACACACAAAUAUUCAUGCAAUACACACAUUACAUACGUUGUGGCACAGCCUGAGUGCGGAGCAGUAGUGGUUCCUCAUUGACUGGUGUGGUUUUUCGUGUUUGUUCAGCCCUUUAUCCAAUUUGUACUCUUUUUCAUUCUUUUAUGCAUAUUUACUGUAGCAAAAUAGUAUUUACCCACGUAGAGAUUCUACCAGCUUCAAGCCAGAAAACUAAAGUGGAACAAUCUACUUUACAGACGCUUCUUUUCUGCAAAUGUUAUGCAACUUGUUUUCUUUUCAUGUACUUUUUCAUUUGCUUUAUCUUGAAUGGAGGAAGCCCGGUGUUGCAUUAGGGAGCACCGACUCUGACUUUCUGUUUGGACAAAAUUAAUUUGUGAAGUUUGUGUUGUAGCAAAACUAUUGUAACAAAGGCCCCUGGGUGUCUCCUCAGAUGUCCUAAUAAUACUACAAUGAUCACAUCCUUGUUUUUGCAUAACAUUUUUCUUUUAUACCUAUUGAACAACCCUUAGAAUCCUGUAGAGCUGAGAUGAAUAGACGCCCCUGAAGUGCUCUCUCCAGUCAGAACAGCUUUUUGUCUUGUUGUCUUGCUGCAUGCUCCAAAACUAACUGUUUGUUCAAAGUGCAGCAACAGGCAUCCUCAACAUUUCCACUGUUGGAUUUUCUUACUUACUUUAGUACUUACUAUGAAAUGAUUUGUAAUAUUACUUAAAGCUGCAUUAAUUGAUUUUUUUUAGCCACUUGUGGUCAGCAAAACCGGUGUGAAUCACAACACGGACAUAUUACCACUUAUAAAGUUUAAAGGCUAAACAUUUAGAUUCAUAUUAAGUCGUGUUUGUGUCCAAUAUUCACUCCUUUCAGCUCGUUGUUUUUGAUCUCCACCCACUCAAGAGAAUGGUGUGGCUCUUUAGCUGCUAAACGCUCCACUAUGUUCACCAGCUAGUAUCUAACUUUGUAUCUGUGCCAUUUGGUGCUCGGCAAGAGGCGCACAAUGAGUUUUUAAAAGUGUUUGUUUGUUUGUUGAAAACAGCUACCUGCUGCUGCUGGAAACAAGAUUGAUGAGAGCAGAAUUUACUGGUUGGAAAAUUGGUUUAAAAUGCUCUACAGAGAUGAAGUGUUGGUGAUCAUCAACCCGUUUCACAUUACACAUAGUCUUCUGAUCCAUCGUUGAUAUGAAAAUGUUGAUUGGUGCAGCUUUAAAAUGAUGUUAUAAUACACAUGAACGCCUCAAAUUAAGUUAAGACUUCAUGAAUUUGAUACAAGGAAUCCUCCAGGUGACUAUUUUGGUUAUGGCCAUUACAGCAGAGUGCUGUUGCUGUAAUUGGAUGCUCUUACCUUUUUGCUGUGUAUUUGUCUUGUUUAGUUGAACAUUUUUGUUGCUGCUUCUCUGAAACAAACACUGGCUUUUCAACUCCAAAGGUUGUUCUUUCAAAUAAUAUGAACAAAAACAUGCCUUUUUCACAGAUCGCUCAACUUUCUUGAAAAAAAUCAAUCUGGUAUCUUAAAUAAGCAGGCUGAGAUCAUUGAGUUAAAUAUAAAAAUGGAAAAUGUUUACAAAUAGGUGUCAUGUCAUGUUUGAUCAACUUUUGCCAUGUAAAAAUCGCUCGGUUCAAUUGGACUGGUUCUUGGUGUUGUGUAAAGAGACAAAGAAUGAGUUUCCUCACCUUGUCUUUAUUCCAACUUUUGGGAUGGGUCAGCAUUACAUGGAUACAAGUGCACCUCCGAUAUUUGCCUUAGAACUUGCAGAGGCCAUAGUUCACAUUCAAGUAAAGUGAGUGUAUGCAGGGGCCUGGGCCCCCAUCCCUGAGUCACCAGUGCGGACUUUCUCACACUUAUCUACCUGUGAAAUCCUUCAUACCUCUCAUAACUGGUCAAUGACUGUAUCAGCAAACUGCAUCAGGUGUUUUUUCUACAUGCUUUUUACACAGAUUAUAUGGAUUAUUGUAUUAGUAGAUUUUGGUGCAUCAUUUUUAAUGUAAUAGCUCUUAAGCUUGUAGUUCAAGUUGUUGUUUUUUUCUUUCACUUUUCUAGAUGACUGUUUUGUGUUAAUAUUGUCAAUUUGAAAUAGCUGUUAUUUGCUUAUUCUCUAUUAAGAGUUCUUACCUUUAUAAUUUGUAAAUGCUACAUGACCCUAAUUAAUUAAAAUGGCUUAAUAACCAUUGUAAAUAUGGUAUUGUGCAAACCCCAUUUUCAUUCAUUUCAAUUGCUAGUGUUAUAUAAAUGACUCUUUUGUCUAGACACCAUUUCUCUUUAUGAAAUAAAGAAACGUUC